UUCCAGCCACACAGAAGCAAGAUGAUCUCAAAGACUCUCCUUCUCUGGCUGCUGCUUUUAUGGAUUCAGGAUUCCAGUGGGCAGAUUGUCUUGACUCAGACUCCAGAAUCUCUCUCAGUGUCUGUGGGAGAGACCAUCACUAUCAAAUGCAAAGCCAGUACAAGCAUUAGCAACAACAUCGCUUGGUACCAACAGAAACCUGGACAGGCUCCCAAGCUUCUUAUCUAUUAUGCCAGCAGCCGUCUCACAGGCAUCCCAGACCGGUUCAGUGGCAGUGGAUCGGGCACUGAUUUCACCUUCACAAUCAGCAGGGUUGAAGCUGAUGAUGCUGGAGAUUAUUACUGUCAGAAGCAUUACAGCACCCCUCUCACACAAUUCCAAUGGGCAGAAAGUGCUGACUCAGACUCCAGAAUCCCUGUCAAUGUUUCCAGGGGACACAGCCACUAUCAACUGCAAAGUCAGGCUGUUCAGCAUUCCCCACGGAGACCUGUCAAGAUGCUCUCCCAGGCCCAGCUUCUCUGGAUACUAGUGCUUUGGAUUCAGGGCUCCUAUGGCGAAAUUGUUUUGACUCAGACUCCAGAAUCCCUGUCAGUGUCGCCUGGACAGAGAGUCACCAUCAACUGCAAAGCCAGUACCAGCAUUAGCAACUACUUAGGCUGGUACCAACAGAAAUCGGGACAAGCACCUAAGCUCCUUAUCUAUGAUUCUACCAACCGUGUCUCUGGGAUCCCAGACCGGUUCAGCGGCAGUGGGUCUGGCACUGAUUUCACAUUCACAAUCAGCAGCGUAGAAGCUGAUGAUGCUGGUGAUUAUUACUGCCAGCAGAGUAACAGCUACCCUCUCACAGUGAUACAGACCAAUACAAAAACCUCCCUGCUCUCUGCAGUGUGCAUUGCAGUAACUGCUUCCUCCAGAUACAACUGUCUAGUUUUCACAUGUUCUGUCAUAAGCGACAGAAGAGGUAUAAAUUCACAUUGGAAAAUUCAAACUGUGUUUCAGCAUCUGAACACUUGUAAAAUACAGUAUAGUAUCACUGUUCAUUCCCUACCCAUCUUCUCUCUUUAUCCAGACUCCUCUGGGCAAAUUGUGAUGACUCAGUCCCCGGAAUCUCUGGCAGUGCCAGUGGGAGGGAGAGUCUCUAUCAACUGCAAAGCCAGUACAAGCAUUGGCAGUUACAUAAACUGGUACCAACAGAAACCUGGACAAGCUCCAAAACUUCUUAUCUACUACGCCACCAACCUCCAGUCUGGGGUCCCAGCUCGGUUCAGCGGCAGUGGGUCUGGCACCGAUUUCACAUUCACGAUCAGCAGUGUAGAAGCUGAAGAUGCUGGUGAUUAUUACUGUCAGCAGGGUAGCAGCUUACCUCUCACAGUGAUACAGACCGAUACAAAAACCUCCCUGCUCUCUGCAGUGUGCAUUGCAGUUACUGCUUCCUCCAGAUAA